ACCUCUCUGCGCAGGCGCACGCCCCCCGCUUCCGCUGCGGGCGAGUAGGCGCGCAGCGGGCCGGUCUGUUGGGCGCAGAACUCGUUUCCCCAGCCCGCAGCCGCAUGGAGCCAGGGCCCCGCGGCGGGCUGGGCUCGGCCCCGGGACCGGCCUCGGCGGCCCCGGGGCCGCGGCAGGAGCGGCCGGCAGCGGCUGACGUACGAACUCCCGGCCGCGGUACCGUCGGAGCCCGCGGGUUCCGGCUCUGCCUCUACCUGGUGGGCUUCUUGGAUCUGUUUGGUGUGAGCAUGGUUGUGCCUUUACUGAGCCUUCAUGUCAAGUCUCUGGGAGCAAGCCCAACAAUAGCCGGAAUCAUAGGUUCCUCCUAUGGCAUUUUGCAGCUCUUUUCUAGCACACUGGUGGGCUGCUGGAGCGAUGUGGUGGGAAGGCGGUCUUCCUUGCUGGCAUGCAUUCUGCUCAGCGCCCUGGGUUAUCUUAUUCUUGGAGCAUCUACCAGUGUGUUCCUGUUUGCCCUUGCUAGAGUCCCUGUGGGCAUUUUUAAACACACACAGACCAUCUCGAGGGCUCUGCUGUCUGAUCUGGUUUCUGAGAAGGAACGGCCACUAGUGAUGGGAAAGCUCAACACGGCAUCUGGUGUGGGCUUCAUCCUGGGCCCCGUGGUUGGCGGAUAUCUUACAGAGCUAGACGGCGGGUUUUAUCUCACAGCCUUCAUCUGUUCUUCUGUCUUCAUUCUCAAUGCUGGGCUUGUUUGGCUCUUUCCAUGGAGUGAAGUACAGCUCACCCCUGCAAACAGCGGCCAGCGGCUGGGUAAGAACUCUGCGCUUUUGGGAAAGACCAACUGUGAACUGCAGGAAGCAGUAGCCACGCGGGAGAGGGCGGCGAGCGUGAAGACCACUAGGCCGCCCUGGAUGGAAGUCCUGUUGAUGCUGCAGGACAUGAAGAGCCUGGUAUUUUCUGCAAUGUGGGACCUAUUUCUCGUGCGCUUGCUCAUGGCUGUGGCUGUCAUGCUGUACUACAGUAACUUUGUCCUGGCCCUGGAGGAGCGCUUUGGGGUGCGGCCUAAGAUGACGGGCUACCUCAUCAGUUACAGCAGCGCCCUGGGGGCCCUGGCUGGAUUUGCCCUGGGGCCCAUCAUGCGGCUGUACAAGCAUGACACCCACGCCAUCCUGCUGCACUCCAGUGUGCUCACCUGCCUGCUUCUGCUGCUCUACGCCACAGCGCACACCAUGGCUGCUGUCAUCCUAUCUGCCACCCUCCUGACUUUCUCUACUGCGGUGGGCAGGACCUGCAUCACAGACCUCCAGCUGACCGUGGGCGGCGCCCAGGCCAGUGGCACUCUCAUCGGCGUGGGGCAGUCUGUGACAGCGGUGGGCCGGAUCAUCGCCCCCCUCCUCUCGGGGGUCGCCCAGGAGUUUAGCCCUUGUGGCCCCCCAAGUCUGGGGGUUGCCUUAGCCUUAGGGGCUAUUUUCAUAAUGUUGCUACACAGACCUCGCUAUGGUGGUGAUGGGAGUGACAAAAUAAAAAGCGAGUAGAAUCAAUUUGGACAACAUGGGGAAACACAAUGCAAGGGGUGUGAAUGACGGGCCACGGCUAGGAUGAAAAGGUGCCCUGGAGGGGCGGGUGGCAUAGUGAAACGACUUCCUUCCUAAUGGGUGUGCUUCGCUGGCAGCUGUCCAGGCCAGGCCUGCAGCAUGGUCCAAAGUCAGAGUGGCCCAGGGAAGGUUAAGAUCAGUCAAAGCCUUGUCACAGGGAAAGGUGGUUUUCAUUUACCUAAAAGUCUCCUCUUCCCGUCUGGGCCAGUGGGGUUAAAAUUUUCAAGGGGAAACCAUAGCCAGCUACAGGAUGGGAAACUGGUGGGUUUGAGAAGAGAAGCAACCAUAGGAUUUCCAGAGUAACCCAUUAAUAAAACACCAAUCAGUUGGGACCAGUUUGCAUGUCAAAUUGCAUAUGUGAAGAGGGGGCUUUUACGCUGUCAAAUCCUAGAGACUGAAGAAGUUGCUCUCCUAAAACUAGCCUGUCACUUUUCUCAAGUUACAACAAGGCCAUGAGUGCUGGUUCCACUUGGGGACCUGGAUAGCAAUCAGAUUCCUGGCUUCUCCCUGACUCCCUGGGCUAAGGUGAGAUCCAGAUCAUGCUGUGUUUAGUAAAAAAUACUAUAAUUUCUCACAGAGGUAGAAAAGGAUCAUUCUGAGACAGACUCGUUUUGAUUAACCUGAAAGCCAGAAACUGGUUAUUUUUAUUAAUAGCUAAGUUUGGACUAUUAAAAUUGUAUAACCACAGCGUGUGGCAUUCUCCCCAGCUCUAAGUAUGGCUCGUGAUUCAGCCUUAGUACAGGGAACAUAAGAAAGUUGGGGUUUAUUUGGAUCCCCAGAAGACUCAACUCUAACAGGGCAGGUUUUAGUAGGUUCAGGAGAGGAGGGAGUAGUAAGAGAUUCAGAGGGAAGUGGAAGGAUGGCAAGAGGAUCAGGUUGAGGAAGUGGGGGGCAGAGCAGAUGGAGGGGGGAGGGUGCACAGGACAUCGAGGAAGAGGGCACCUGGGCCGGGGCAUGAGCACAAGAUGACGCUAGGUGUCUGUAGACAGAAAAUGGGAGGGGAAGGAAAGCAUCAGAAUCCAAAUUUUCUUUUUCCUUUUGUAUUAAUCAUUUGUUACCCUCAGUCUAAAAUUUUCAUUUGCAGAGAGAGAAUUUUAUAUUCUUGAUAAUGUUUGAAAGCUUCAGAAUACCAAUUAAAAUAUGCAUCCUAUUCAGUUUGGACAAUUUCAGAGCCAUGGCUGUUCAAUUCAGCUUUGAGAAAAGUAAGUUUGGGGAAAUGAAGAGUUCUCCUUAAUGGCCAUUCAUUUUCUAAAUCAAAUUUGGUUAAGUUGGUCCAUUUACUUAACUGUGUGUGAGGAGGGAGCUUAAAAUUUAAAUAUAAAACCAGCCAGGAACCCAGAAGGGGACAGGGGUGGCUGGGUGUGAACCUGGAAGCAUUUUGAUGACCAAAAUUCCAUUUCUUAGAGGUUUUUCUCUAGAGGGAAGAGAAAAAUUCCUAAACAGCAGAGUUUCAACAGGAACAGCAUGGCUCCAAAAGGAAUCAGGCUGAAGGCUCACACUGUUCCAAGGGAAACAGUCCAGUUCUGAAAAGGAAUCAGACCAACGGCUAGCACAGUUCCAAGAGGCACAGGUUCACAGGAACAGUCUGGUUCCGAGAAGGAAUCAGACCGAAGGCAGGAUGAAUACUCAUGGAAAGGACAAGGCCCCUCCCAAAUGAAACCUGGAGAGCUCAGAAACCCAAAGACAGCAGAACUCGUGAUCCAGGAGAAAACAAACCCUGAAACUCCGGGGUCGGCAAGCAAGCAGUGAGCGCAGUGGACUCUCUGGCUACCAGCAUCUGUUCACUCAGCAGCCUCGGGCUGAGGGUUUUCUCCGGAUGCCACUUCAGGCCAGAUUCCUGGGGGCCGCUGCCUCUGGGGCCGCACACUCUGCAGAGCUCAGGCUGUCAGUCUGACCAAAUAUGCCUGGGUUUCAGGUAUGAUGUUCUCCCAGAAGCCAGUGCUUGUUGGGCUGCAUGGGUCGGGUGGUGGGUAGGAGCCAGGGGAGAGCCCAAAGCAUGGAGGAUCUUUAAGGUGCAAGAGUCAGGUAUCACGCCUACUCAGAGGGACUCAGUUCUACAGGGUUGUAUGUUGAAAAUCAUUCCCUUCAAUCAAGUCAAUACCAAGGUUUUAUGCAAUGAAGCACAAUUUUGGAAUUUUUCCGAAGGCCAUUUUUCGCUCUAAGAAAUAGGUAAGUUUCUUAAAAGCUCUUAAAUAUAGCCAUGCUUUCAUUUUUUUAAAUCCUAGCACUUUAUUUUUGAACUUAAAGCCUACAAGCUUAAUAAGACCUUAAAGUUAAUCAGUACAUGGAAAUACUGGAAACCAAAGAUUGAUGUCUGUAUAGAGAGCAGGGUAACAUCUCUGUUAUUCUCCACUAGAGAUUUUAAUAUUUUGUUCAUAUGAUAUUUGUAGAUAAAUCUUUUCUUAGAGUCCCUUUCAAAUACUGAAAGCAUUGCUGUUCCAAGUGUGUUCCCAGGACCAGCCACGCCAGCUUCCCCUGGAGCCUGUGAGACAGGCACUCAGGCCCACAGACCUACUGCGGACCGCUUUCACAAGGUACCCUGCUGCUCUGUGUAUGCAGUAAAGCUUGAGAGCCACUUUGUCUAAUGGACAGACAUUACAUGUAUAGCAUAGGAAAUAUGAUCUCAGGGAAAUUAAAUCAGCGCAAUUACAGUUUGUGUUGUUUUGUUUUUGAAAUUCUUUUGAGUGACUUCUGUAAUUCUUUCCAAAGUGUUAGAUUGAGCCUCAUGAACCUGCUACUUUUGUAAACGCUGAAAAUAGCUGCAGUUGCACACGCACAACUUAGUAUCAUAUGGAAUCUCAUUUUAGAGACACUGAUGUUGCCUGAAAAGUUAAUAAGACAUGGGAUCCUUUAGACAUUAUGCCAGGCAUAGCUGGGGAGGACUGUGACGCAUCCUCAGGGCUUCGGGUUCUAGAUGACUUUUUCCACAGAAGGAAAGGAUUCCUCUGCCCCCAUGUUUCCAUGAGCAAACUUAAUAUAGGGAGCAUGGUGUGGCUGGCCAUGAGGGUAAUGUGCAAGGCUCCAAGGCCCAGGCCACACAGCCACCUGGAGCUAAGAAGUAUGGCUGGAGCAAACAGGAGGGGCUAGAAUGGGUGGUGCUCUACCCUGGCUGCACAUUAGAGUGACCGGAUGCCCAGAGCCUGCCUCGCGAGCCAGACUGAAGUACCCCAGCUGUUUCCAGUGCACCCCCAGACUUGAGAAUCAUGGGGUUAUAUUGUGAAGAGAAGCAUGGAACAUGGACCGUGCUUGGGGUGACCUUUCAUUCUGACAGGUGAGGAACAGUCGCUGAAGAAUUCAUGCUGUUACAGUUCACUCAUUGUAAGAAAUAGUGCUGAUUCUUAUAUUGAAAACAUACUCUCAAACAGCUUGUGUUGUUGUUCAAGGGGAAAAGAUAAUUAUUAACACUAAGGAAGAAAUAUUAAUUCCUACCAAUAAUUUAUAUAGCAUGACAGUGGACUGUAAGGAUCUUGUUAAAAUAAAAAAUUGUAUUUUGACCAGUCUUGAUUUACACUACAUCUUGAUCAUUAAGAAUCCUUUUUCCAAAGCAUACACUGUGGAGGAACAAAAAGAAGUUAAAGUACCUAUUAAUAGCUGCAAUUUACAAUGGGUGAUAAGAGAUGCCCUGUCUUCAGGCUUACGAAGCUUCCAUUUUGAAUCUGGGUAAAUUCUUAUCCAGACUGAGAUUAAUGUUUUUGUAUGAUACCCACCUAAAAGCUAUCCUGAAUUUGCUCAAUGAAACUGAAACCACGUGAAAUAUUCAGAAUGAAUCUAAUGUAAUCAAUGUGUUGUGCUGCUGAGUGGAGGAGGCCUGCCUGGCCCUUGUAGGUCUGUGUGCACUCGCAUAGCUGCGUGUCCCGUGCUUGCCUUGGUCUGCUUUGUGACUGAAGUGGAAGACGGCACCAUGGGUCUGCCUGAGGAUGCCGGCUGGUGGCAACACAACCGUGAACAUUUCCUUCUGGUCACCUUCAAAAAGCCUUCGCCAUGCUGUCCUUCAAGGUGAGCGACACACUAAAAUGUCCCAAGUUGUACCUGCCUUUGAAAGUAACUUCCUUGCUAAAAUAAAGGUAAGGACUUAAGAUAGAUGCCCAACGGUAAGAGGUAAUUAUGGUAACAAAUAUGUUUUUCUCAGUUUUGAUCAGCUGCCAAAAACCAUGUGUCCAUGAAAAUCUAAAAUUUGAUGUGGUGAUACAUAGCUCUGUAUAGCCUUUAAAAAUCAUUGGAAAACAAUAAGCUGAUCAAAAAAUGCAUGGUGGACCUGAACAACAGACACUUACCCAAAGAAGAAAUACAGAUGGCUAACAGGCACCUGAAAAGAUGCUCCACAUUGCUAAUCAUCAGGGAAAUACAAAUUAAAACCACAGUGAAAUCGUCACCUCACACUAUGGCCAUUAUCCAAAAGACAAGAAAUAGCAAAUGCUGGUGAGGUUGCGGAGAAAUAGGAACCCUCCUACACUGUUGGUGGGACUGCAAAUUGGUGCAGCCGCUGGGGAAAGCAGUAUGGAGGUUCCUCAAAAAACUAAAAAUAGAAAUACCGUUUGACACAGGAAUUCCACUCCUAGGAAUUUAUUCAAACAGACCAUAAUCCCUAAUUCCAAAAGAUAUAUGCACCCCAUGUUUAUCACCACACUGCAAUAGCCAAGAUAUGGAAGCAACCUAAGUGUCCAUCAGUAGAUGAAUGGGUAAAGAAGAUGUGUUUCGUAUACACAGUGGAAUAUUAUUCAGCCAUAAAAAGAAAAGAAAUCCUGCCAUUUGCAACAACAUGGAUGGAGCUAGAGGGUAUUAUGCUUAGUGAAAUAAGCUAGAUGGAGAAAGACAAAUACCAAAUGAUUUCACUUACAUGUGGAAUCUAAAACAAAGCAAAACAGAAGGAACAAAACAGCAGUAGACUCAUAGACACUGAGAAGUUACUAGUGGUUACCAAAGGGGGGGUGCAGUGGGCGGGUGUUGAGCCACUGUAAUGUAUGUUUGAUAAAAUUUUUUUAAAAAGACCACACACAAAAAAUCAUUUGAUCAGACGAUGGAUAGCAUUAACCUAACUUCUUUUGCUUGGGUUGGCUUUGGAAGGCACCAUUUAAUAUUUCAGUGCAUACAUUAUCUUUGAGCCCUUUAAAGAGUUUAUUUUCAUAUAGAAAAUUAAUGAACCAAUCGUAAUCUUUAUUCCUCUAAUCAGGUUAACACAGUAACAGUGUUAGCCUGGUUUGAAUGUAUUUGAAACUAACAGAAUUGAAAUUUUUAAUACUCUUAAAUUUUUACCUUUCCAAAAUCCCAGUUACCAUGACCCUAUGUUAGUACAAAGGACAGAAUGAUUUUUGCAAUACACAUAUAAAAAUUGGAAUUCCGGGGCUGUCCUGGUUUCAUGUGAUAUGUGUAGUAUAGUGAUUAAUAAAAUGUUGCCAUGUGACUUAGAAUUUCAACUUUUACAUGAUGUUUCACAGAAACCAGGAAAAAGUUUCCUUUGUUAUGUUCAUAUAUAGAAUUUCUCUUUGGUGAGCAGCAUUACCAUAACUGGAUGCAGAGAGCCUCAUUUAAAUUAGAAAUUUAGUCUCAAAAGAAUCCAGUGAAAUAAAAAAGGAGAAAAAUAUUUGCAUAUUUAAUUCAAGGUAUUUUGUUACACAUGGCAAAAUCAGGAAAAUCCCCACCAAUGUGCCUGCCAUUCUGUCCACUGGGCCUCUCCUGGAGGGACAGCCCUACACCCAACAAUAUAAAGAAAAGGAACCCCCAUAAAUUCUCUGUGACAUACUGAAAGGUCCUGAAGCAGGUUCUGAACUAUUCAAAAUAAUCAAUAUGCUGUGUAUAUUUUGAAACUUUGAUAAUCCAUUUACAAUAGAUACGUUAACUCAACACAGAAAAUUUCAUUCUUUGGCCUGACAGGAAAGAGAAUGGACCCACAAUUUACUGACUAAGAGGUAGAAAAGCAGGAUUUUACUCGAAAAUAUUGUAGAAAAUUAGAAAACAGGAAUGAGAAACUAUGUGCCAGUUAAGAUGUUCAAGAACUUGAUAAUAUGGGUUGAAUGUUCAAACCACAAUGUUGUUCAUGUGAAUCCUUCAUAAGAUUGUAUAUCAGUGACACUUUAAUUUUUUAAAAAAAUGUUCAGAAACAAUGUUUCAUAUGCAUAUCUGACCACGUUUGAGGGUGUCAACCAAAUGUACAGCAAAUGACAUUGAGAGGCACUCUGAAGGGAAGUGUCAUAUCUCCUGCACAAAGGAGCUCCGUUCACUUAAAAAAGCCAGGCAGCAUUACUUAAAUGGACCUCUUGUUUUUCUUACAAGUGAGUUGAAGAAAAGGCCUGUUUAAAAUGUAGUAUACAAAGUACCAGCAAGCUAUAUGUUUUGCUCUAAAAGUAGAAAAUGCACACACACGCACAAAAAAAACAGAUCACCAGAGUUCUUAAUCGUGAGCCUUGCUUGUCCAGACUGAUGAAGGGAAAUGAUUUGGACAGUGCAACAAAUGCCUAACAUGCUGAGACAUGUAGUCAGUGACUGUGCUUCCCUAUGCUUUGUGUAUUAGUAAUUCCCCAAGCAGAAGGGAAUUUCAUCCCAGGUAUUUUGGGGCCAUUACACAAGCACUUGUUUUUAAAAAGCAUCAAACUUCAGGACUAGUUUCAAAUUAGUUAUUUGCUAAAUGGCAUAACUUUCACCUGUGGUCAGCCUACCUACCAUUCCAUAUGGAGAAAUAAGCCCUGACUUCUGCACUUCCACGUGGUCACAAUCAAAGCUGUUACAACACCAAAGCCCCAUCCAAAUUCUGCUGUCACACUGGAACUUUGGAUCAAAGCUGUUUGAACUAAUCACUUACAAAGGGUUAGGAAUUGUUUCUGUACUACAGAAAUUUAGAUAAUUAUGAUAGUUACAGGGUUUCAACUCCAUACUCUCUAGAAUUUAAUAAUUUUAUAAAAGAUGAAUUAUAAAGAAAAAGCUAAAUGAAGUCAAAUUUAUUUCUCAUUGUUUCUGUCAUUCAACAAAUAAGAAAAAGAUAUAAACUGUAAUAAAGGUAAAAUGACA